AUGAAUGUUAGAGAUAAAAUCCAUUGGAAUACAGUAGAUCUAUAUACCAGAGAACAAUUACAUUAUAAAAGACAAGCUGAUGGUGAAUUUUGGAUGCUCUAUUCAGAUUGGUUGAAACAUUUUGAACAAGUACAAAUUUGUAAUCUUUCACCUGAUUCAUUCGAAGAACAACUUACUGCUCAACAAGGAAAACAUAUUACUUGGCAUCAAAUACAAUUUGAUGGUGCUUGGAUAAAAGGGCAAACAGCUGGUGGAUGUGGACAACCAAGAAUUGAAAAUUUUUUUACUAAUCCUCAAUAUUUAAUUAAUGUAACAAAAACUGAUAUUGAACGUGGUGAUGGUUUAUGUACAGUAAUAUGUUCUUGUCUACAAAAAUAUACCCGACAAAAACGACAACAAACAGGUAGACAACAAGCUGAAGAAUAUAUUAAUUUACGCCUAUAUAGAAUAAACGAUUCAAUUGAUGUAUCACAAAUUACACAAGAUCAUAAAUUUUAUCCACAAGAUCUUGAACGACAUAGUGAUACAGGACCAUAUAUUAAUAAGCGUGAAGUUACAGGACGAUUUCGUGUAAAACCUGGAAAUUAUAUUUUGAUUCCGUCAACAUAUGAACAAGAUAGAGAAGGUCAAUUUCUCAUUAGAAUAUUUACUGAAAGUGAAUCAACUGGAAAAUCAUUGAUAAUGGAGCAUCUAGAUAUAGAUUCACCAUUGCCAAUAACCAGAAAAGAAAAAUAUGAAUUUCACGAUGGAAAAAGUCAAGAUCAAAAGUUUACUAUUAUGCAAUGGUAUGAUAGGUUACCUGAAACACAAAGAAAAUUACUUAAAUAUGGUGGUUAUGCAACAGUUAGUGUUGGUUUUCUUUGUUGUCUUGGUUAUUGUAGUAAAAAGUAUUGUUGUACAAAGAAACGUGAAACCAGUAAAUCAUCAUCAACAAAAAAUCGUAAUAAAAAUUGUAAUAAACUCUUAAAAUAUUAA